GACACCGCUGGAGAGGAUCAAAGUGUGAACCAGGCGUCGAGCUGCCUCCACCCAGCAGAGCACAGGGCUAUCACCGCUCUCAGAGAUCAGGGUCGUCUCCAAACCCAGAGUCCAGAACCCUUCCUAGAGGCCAGGACCAGAUCUCUUUCUAGAGGCCUUGACUACAGUCUUCACGGAGGCCAGGACCAGAACGCUUUCCAGACUCCAGAACCAGAGCCCUUCCCUGAGUCCUUCACAGAGUCCAGGGCUGGCACCAUUAUCAGAGCGUAGAACCAGAACCCUUCCCAGGGUUUGGCACUAUUCUCAGAGCCCAGGAUUGCCACCUUUCACAGAUAUUAGGCUUCAUGGUCAGAUUGAGGGUGACAUUUGACCAUUAUUCAAUCUGCAACACAGAGAUUCCAGGAGAAGGACAGCAUUACUUAGAAAUAGGAGGAUGAGAAGAAUAUGUUUGUCCAUCAUCAUCAUCAUCAUCCUGUGUAUUGUGUCCAAAGCCUACACUAAAGACGUUCAACAAUCUAAUGAUCUCGUCAGAAAUCCAUCUAACCAGAUGUCUGAUCAUCCUGAGGAACAAGAAGUGAGCCCUCAAGUGGGAGAUAGCUUUUCUGCUAAAGACAUUCCUUCAUCUAAAGAGACAGAAUUGGGACGUAGGCAACCAUCGGGGGAAGACCCCUUGUCAGAGAAUCAGGAUAGUAGGAUACCAAGAAGGGUACGGAAGUCAGCAGAGCCUUCUAUCAACAGGGAUCGGAUCCGCUGGUUACUUCUGGUCAGUCCGCUGCUGAUUGUCCUGCUGAGUCUGAUCACGUGUGCUCUAGGUAAAAAGGCGCUAUGGAAACCAGGAGAAGACACCCAAAAAAUUGUACUCUCCCCUCCCCAAAUAUCUUUUAUGGUACAACCAGGACAUGGUGGUGAAGUCCCCCGAGGUGGAGAAGGAAGAAGAAACAUGAAGACAAGCUCCAGAGGUGCAAAGCCUGGAGGAGACCAUGAUUCCUACUCAGUUUCCACCAAAACAGAAGAAAGAGGACACCGUAAGACAAGCUCUGGAGGACAAAAGUCUGGAAGAGGCCAUGAUUCAUACUCAGAAGGAAGAGGACACUGCAAGACAAGCUCUGGAGGACUAAAGCCUGGAGGAGGCCAUGAUUCAUACCCGGGAAAAACAGCUACUAGAACAAUCCCCACAGAUGUAGAAGAUAUGCAGCCGGGGCCAGCACCAAGCUCGAGAACCUCUAGACGUGAUUUUCCUUCUCCUUCAGGGAUACGAGGCACGAAUCAGAAGGAAGGUCGUCAUUCCUCAGCAAAGGCUCCUGCAAAAAUCUCAAAUCAUCUCGAGACAAAUCAAAGGAAGGGAAGUUCCAUGGGGUCAAAGUCUAGAGUAGACUCAUAUACAGAAAAACAUGGAAAGAAGUUUCAAGAGGCAGGAAUACGACCAACAGCAAGAAAUGCUAUAUGUUCCGUUACUCAGUCAUACUCUAAUAUGGAUGGAGGAAACUUCAGGAGAGCAAUUUCUGUAAAGGGUGAUACAGCCAUUAGAUCAUGGUCAGAUGGAGGAAGCUUGACAGUACCGACAGUAUCUGCAGGGGGUGAUCCAGACAAUGGAUACUAUUUAGAAAAUGAAUUAACUACAGAGAAUCGAAUGAAAACAUCAUCAAAAGGCAAAGAUCGAGUGAAGCAGGAGAAAACCUCAUCAGAGGGUGAAGGCCAAGCAAAACGAGAGAAAACCUCAUCAGAGGGUGAAGGCCAAGCAAAACGAGAGAAAACCUCAUCUGAAGGUGAAGGCCAAGCAAAACGAGAGAAAACCUCAUCAGAAGGUAAAGGCCAAGCAAAACCAGAGAAAACCUCAUCAGAAGGUGAAGGCCAAGAGGAGCAAGUGAAAGUCUCAUCAGAAGGUGAGGACCGAUUUAGGCGAGAGAUACCCUCACCAGAAGGCGAAAACCAAGCAAAGCGAGAGAGAACCUCAUCAGAAAGUGAAAACCAAGUGAAGCGAAAGAAAAUCUCAUCAGGAGAUAAGGACGAAGAGAAGCAAGAGAAAACCUCCUCAGAGGUUGAAGUCCAAGCUAAACAAAAAACUUCAUCAGAAGAUGUAGAAGAUAUGCAGCCGGGGCCAGCACCAAGCUUGAGAACCUCUAGAAGUGAUUUUCCUUCUCCUUCAGAAUUAUUGCAAAGGACGUUUCUGCAGAAGCUGAUGGCUUUGGACAUUUCAGCCAGGAAUACUGUUGACGAUGAAGAAAUAUUAUUGGAUUCAGAAGAAGAGGAAUAUGGAGAUAUGAAGUCAUCAGAAUGCUUUAACCCUCUCGAUGUGCUUUGUGGCCUCUUGCAUCAAUCAGAUAUGAUCUUAAAACAACAGAUUGUGUCCAAAAUGUCCAUGUGUCAAUUUGCUGUCCCUCUACUUCUCCCUUCUCCCAACACACAAGACUGCACAUUUAUGCUGUGGUCAAUGAGAGAUAUCGUGAAGAAAUGGAGACCUCACUCUAUGACUGCUAGUAAAACUUAUGUGGAAGACAGUAUAGUCAAUGUUCCCAUGCCCAUGUUCUCCUUUGUUAGACUUGGGACCUGUAGCAUAUCAAAAUCUCGAUAUCUCAACCAAGUCCUAAGUCCAUCUCAGCAGAAUCAUAACUUCUUUGUGCAUGGCGAUAUGCCUGGUGGGAAUAUACCUAGAAAACACUCUGAUGGACUUGUGGAAAUUAUCUGGUAUCUUCCAUCAGGACAUGAACAGUUAGAUGUUUUUCCUGAGCCCAUUGCUGUUAUGAAUCUACGAGGAGAUCUUGAGUCCAAUGAGAAACAGUUGAAUUUUUUAACACGUGUAUCAUCUGCUCUGUUCAUAUUUAUUGAGGAAGUACAAGAGAACCAGCACAACCUACUAUCAAGAUUACGAAAUGUGACAAAUGUCUUCUUGAUUCUUAAUGUAAGAGAUAGAGAAGACAACAUGAAGGACCUGAAGACUCUCAAUGACACACUUCAACUGCCAAGACAAAAUAUUCUAGUUAAGACCAAACAUAUCAAUGACUCACAGGUGGUAAAGAAAAUAAGAUCAGCAAUGAAAAUGAUUUUUACAGAAAUAAAAGAAACGUUUAAUCUUGAGCAAAUUUCGAAGAAGGCCACCGAAUUCAGCAUUGAUGAGAACUCUCCAGAAUGCAAAGAAACAAAAGCUAAAGCCAAGGAAAUAACAGAUGAAAUAAACAAUAUAAAUCACUAUAAGCAUGAAACAAUGAAGCUACAGGGAGACCUCUGGAAAGAAAUAUCUAAAAUGGAGAAGGAAAUAUGUAGAAUGAGGAAACUAGGUGAUGAAGAUGCAGAAGAAUAUAAAUCUGGGCUUCAGGCAAAAAUACUAACACUCCAAAUGGUACAAAGACAACACCACCUGACAGGUGGCAUGCUGAGAUAUCAAGAAGCUUUGAUGUUAACAGACAGGACGCUAUUUCUGAAAUGGCUGAAAAUACUGCUUGACAAAAUAGGGAAAAACCAUCUCAGGGAAUUACACAAUGAAUACAAAUUUAAAUAUCAACGUCGAUCAACAACUGAACAAGAUCUUCAAAUAAUUGACCAGAAAAUAGUAGAUGGCUCACUGGGUGUAGAACAUUUUAUACGGGAGCUUGGGCAAUAUUACGAGGCUAAAUGUUCCAUGAUAAAACAAGGAUUUAUUCCUGAGGAUAAAAUGCAGUUUGCUGGCUUGCCAGGAAUUGCUUCUGACCUUCUUCUGGAUGGGUUCCCAUUUGAGCUUAUUGAUGGAGAUGCCUCUAACAUUCCCUUAGAGUGGAUAACUGAUGUCCUGACUGAGCUGGAUAAGAAGACUGGAGGACAAUGUAGGAUGAGAGUGAUAACUGUGCUGGGGGUGCAGAGUACAGGGAAGUCCACCCUUCUGAACACCAUGUUUGGUCUACAGUUCCCUGUAGCCAGCGGACGAUGCACACGAGGAGCCUUUAUGACCCUUAUUAAAGCGAAGGAGAACUUCCAGGAGGAGCUAAAUUGUGACUUCAUUCUAGUCAUUGACACCGAAGGACUGAAAUCCUUGGAUCUUGCUUCUCUGGAAAACAGUUAUGAACAUGACAAUGAAUUGGCCACAGUCGUAGUUGGCUUAAGUGACAUCACCAUAGUCAACAUGGCCAUGGAAAAUGCCGAAGAAAUGAAAGAUAUUUUGCAGAUUGUGGUCCACGCGUUCCUUAGAAUGAAAGGAAUAGGAAAGAAAUCCAGCUGCAAGUUCGUGCAUCAGAAUGUGAGCGAUGUGUCCGCUCAUGUGAAAAACAGAAAUGCUAGACAGAAAUUUCUUCUACAGCUGAGUGAAAUGGCAAAAGUCGCAGCAAAAAUGGAGAAAAGAAGUGGAAUUAAUAACUUUUCAGACAUUAUUUACUGUGACAUUGAAAAAGAUUCCUGGUACAUUCCUGGGUUAUGGUACGGCAUACCACCUAUGGCUUCUGUGAACUCCGGGUACAGUGAAACGGUUAGCGAGUUAAAGCAAUCAAUAAUUGGAUCCCUACAGUCAAUGGAUGGGAAACCUCAAAAUAUUAGAGAAUUUACAGAGUGGAUAAAAAGUUUGUGGAAUGCCGUAAAACAUGAAAAAUUUGUCUUCAGCUUUAGAAACCGAUUAGUCACGGAAGCCUAUAACCAGCUCUGUAUUUAUUAUGCAGAUUGGGAAUGGACAUUUCAGAAACAUAUUCAUAGAUGGAUGAUGGAGACAGAAACUUUCAUCUACAACCUACCAUAUGAGAAACUAGGAGCAGAUGUAUGGAGCAAACUUCUAAAUGAUAUUAAUCAGAUAUUGGACAAGGAGGAGACAGCCAUGCAUCAAUGUCUGGAGGAAUAUUUUGAGAGUGAUUUUGAGAAUGCUCAUCUCUUGGAAAUGUUUCGCGGAGAUUUUUUUAGAAGUGUGAAAUAUCUCAGGAAAGAACUUGAAAAUGUUCUUCGUGAUAAGUGUGAGAAGACAAUUCGUAUUCAGAAAGAGAAAUCCCAGAUUCAAGCUAUGCAAGCCCAAUAUAUUAACAUAAUGGAAGAAAAAGUAGCAGAAAUGAUGGGCAGAAGGAGAAAUGAAAAAUACAUGGGAAACAGUAAGGCUCUACAGGAAGAAUUUGAGGAAAUGUGGGUAAAAACAGUUUCCACUUUAAGGCUAAGUAAGCUAGAAGUACACGAUGUUGGUCGCAAAAUCUUUCAACAAUUAAAAAGGGACAUAGGUUGUGAAGAUGAUGUGAUUAGGAACAGGCUCCGUAACCUCGAUCAAUAUAAGGAUAUUGUUCUGGAAGACAAGCAUCUCUCCAGUUAUUCUCUAGAACAUUUCACACUGGUAAAUGCCUUAAUUGAGAAAUGUAGCAAAUAUGUUGAAGACAUUAUGAGUAACAAAGAAGACUUUAAUGAAUUGUAUUCCCAAGAUUUGCUGUCAUUGAUCAAUAAAAGGCUAAGGAUGCGAGACUUCCAAGAUCUUCACAUUACGAAAUGCUUUGAGUUUGAUCUUAAACUUUACAUUCUAAAAAGUGCAACCAUUAAAUUCCAGCAGAUACAUGAAGACUUUGUACAAAGAAAUGAUCCAAGGACCUGCCUGGAGAUGCUGAAACCUCAGUACUACUCCACUUUUAAAAACAUGUAUGAGAAAAGGGAUGAAUGUAGAAGGAAAGCGGAACAGUUCUGUCAAUUAUGCCUGAAGCCGGCCAUCACCGAUCACAUCAACAAGUAUCUCGGUAAGGAGAUGAUGGAUGACAUCCUGCAAGUCGGUGGCCCAGAAGAAUUCAAGAGUCGGAAACGUUUACAAUUAGUGAUUCUUGAAAAGUUGCUAGAGGACAAAUCAUGUUAUCAGUAUGAUGAAUACAUCAGUGAUUAUGAGCAUUUUCUCAAAAGAUGGAUUUCAUCCUACAUUGCCGAACAUUACAAAGACCAAGGACCGAUCCGAGCAAUGCAAUUAAAAACACUCAAUUCUCUAAUGGCCAAAGUGCAGCAAACCUUCAAUUAUUCAACACUUAUCUCGUCUGCAAGCCUUACUGAGUUUUUAGUGCAUUUUUGUAACAUUUUUGAGAAAGAACUUGUCAUUUCCAAGAAUGACAUGAAAGCUGUCUUGUUCCAGAGUAAUCUAAAUGUUAAACAAUUUGCCAAGGAUGUCAAGUUGUAUCUUCAUCAUUUACAAGAUGAAAUCCAGAAGGAGUUUAACACAAAGGGUAUAGAAACAACAUUUUCACAGCUGACACUAAAGCCUCAGGAGGAACUCUUCAGGAAGGUGAUUGGAUGUGGGAAGAAGUGUCCAUUCUGUAAAGCCCCCUGUGAAGCCGGAGGAGCUGACCACAAAGAGCACUUUGCCUCUCUUCACCGACCCAGGGGACUAGGGCGACAUGAAAACGAACAAACCAAAGAUCUUGACCAUUCUAUAUGUUCCACAAAUGUCAUCUCUAAUAAGACUUUCAAAAAUGAAGACACAGGCUGGAAGCCUCACCCUUACAAGGAUUACAGGACCUAUUAUCCAGACUGGGCCAUCUAUCCUGAUAUGACUGCCAAUUCCUCCAACUAUUGGAAAUUUGUCUUGAAAGAAUUUAAUGAUUCAUUUGCCCAAAUUUAUAGGAAAAAAACAGCAAAAAUCCCAGAAGACUGGUGCAAAAUAAGUUAUCGUGAAGCCCUUACCAGCCUGAGGACAACGUUACAGUGAACCAGUCACCUGCAGCAGUGGGGACCAUGCAGAGAGGAGAUUACUAUAUACCGAGCCCAAUAAUAAAAGCCAUGGUCACAUUGGAUACAUGUGUUAUCAUCAUGUCUUGUCUAAUCCAAGUGAAGGACCAUAAAGUACGAAUGCAAGAAGGUCUUUGUUCCUGAUUGACACCCACAGACUAACUAAAAAUGUUAAUUCUUCCUUCUCUUAAUUAUCUAAUUCAUUGUUCUUCUGUUAAUUACUGUGGCUGUUAUACAUUAUGUGGAACAAUUUUGAAUAAACUAAUCAUGAUCUGAA